AUGUCUGAUCAAUUCACCUCUGUCCAAUGGGACCGGGACGAUCCGACAAACGAGUCAGAUCCUAGCAAGUUGUUUCCCACGGUCGAUGAGGAAACCUCGCGUGUUGUCACUCCUAUGGAAGCUGACAGUGCACAGGAGGACCAUGGCGACGCAGAGGAUAGCGGAUCGGGAUUGCUUGUUGGUUCAUCCUUGCCGCAUCCUGAAACUCCUGAUCUAGUCAAUGGCCAAGAAAGUAUCGUUGCUCAUGAUACAAUGGAUAAAAAUGAGAUUUCGCAGGACUAUUAUAUUGAGACUCGAGUUUCUAGCCCAAUGACAGAGUACGACGGCCAGAACCCAUACACCUCAUAUUUAGUUGAGAUACGAACGAAUUGUCCGUCCUUCAAACAAAAGGAAUACAAAUUACGCAGACGUUACUCUGACUUCAGUUUCCUCUACGACUGCCUAGCAAACGACUUCCCCUCCCUCGUCAUUCCUCCUCUACCAAACAAACAGCGCUUGGAGUAUAUCAAAGGUGGAAGGUUCACUGAAGAGUUUACAGCGAAGCGGGCUGUCUCACUUCACACUUUUCUCACACGUGUUUGCAAGCAUCCUUACCUCAAAAGGUCACAUGCGUUCCAUGUUUUCUUGGAGGAUUCUGAUUACUGGCAUACUUACAAAUCCAACCUCAAGAUAUCGUCAGGCUCUAUUGAUCCAAGCAAUUCAGCAUCUCAAAAUAUAGAAACAGUCACAGACUAUAUCAUGAAUAGCUUCAAAAAACCUUCCUACGAGUCACAGCACAAGCAAGAGUUUCAGGAAAUACAGGAAAAAUCCACAAGACUACAGGAUAACCUUGUGAAAAUUGACCACAUUUACUCGAAAGUGUUGGCAAGACAGCAGGAUAUUUCAGAUGAUUUUGCCCGCUUCUCACAAGAAUUUUCAAAACUUAAUAUUCUUUUCAGCAACGAUUUUGAAGGCAAAAGCACAGAUGCCGGCAAAGACCUGCCCACAAAACAGAUUGCAGAGCAGUUCUCAAAGUUUGGCAAAAAUCUUCAGAAGGUUUCUGAGCGAGCAUAUUAUCUGAAUCACGAUAUCGAGUACAAUUACCUUACAUCCUUGCGAGAUCUCGAGCACUACAUCACGCAGCUCAAAACCCUGGUCAAGCUUAAAGAAGCGAAGGCGCUCGAUUAUGAAAUGUUGUCCAAUUAUCUGGAAAAGGCCAAGCAGGAGAAAGAGUAUCUGAUGAGCGGGGGCUCAGUCACUUCUUCAACUGAGGGCGCCAUAACAUUUUUGACUAGAAAAUUCGAGUCCAUGACUGGUAUGGGAUCACAUGCUCACGGGAAUCUAACCAACGAGAGAAUCGAGAAGCUUCAAGCGAGAAUUGAAGUGCUUGAGAAGGAGAAAAAGAAUGCAUUUGAAGUGUUCGAAAAGUUUGAAAGGGAUAUCCUUGAUGAGUAUCAGCUGUUUGAAAAGAUCAAAACUGAAGAAAUUAACGAGUCUCUCAAAUUAUUAAGCGAUUCAUAUCUACAAUACUAUGCAGACCUGCUCCAUGACUGGCAAAAUUUGCAACUAGAACAGACAGACCCGAAAAACAGGGCAGAGUUUGAAAACAAGUUGAGCGAGGAUGAUGAGUUCUUCUCCCAUAACGAUGUGGUGAAAAACAAUGAGGUUCUAGAACAAAGCUUGAGCAAAAUGAAUGAGCCAACUACGUCUUGA